ACAGGACGACGUGUUUGGAAGCAAGCAAACGCAGACGUACAUAGCAUCAAGCUAAAAAUUAAGGGAUGGAAGAGCGUAAUUCGUUGGGAGUAGUGAGAAAAGGUGCAUGGACUAAAGAGGAAGACGAUCUUCUCCGGCACUUCGUUCAACAGCAUGGUGAAGGAAAAUGGCAUCAGGUUCCUCUCAAAGCAGGUUUAAACAGAUGCAGGAAAAGCUGCAGACUGAGGUGGUUGAACUACUUGAAGCCAAGUAUCAAAAGAGGAGACUUUGGAGAGGAUGAAAUAGAUCUAAUGAUCAGACUUCGCAAACUAGUAGGAAACAGGUGGUCAAUGAUUGCCGGAAGACUUCCAGGAAGAACAGCAAACGAUGUGAAAAAUUACUGGAGUACUCGAUUAAGGAGGAAGAAGUCGGCUUCAUGUGACAAGUUGAAAAAUCAUAAACCCCUACAACAAGUAGCUAAAGUAGAAACAACAAAGACCGUCGUAAUACGACCUCGACCACGAACCUUCUCCAAAAACUUGAAUUAUUUGAGCAGUAAAUUAGCUGCAACUAAUUCUAAUUUACAACAGCACAAUAAUCUAGUGUUAUUACAAGAGCCAUUGGCAGUGACUUCAUCAUCAACACCUAUAGAGAUUAAUGGAAUUAGUGAAACCUUGUUAGGUGAUGAUAACAAAGACAGUAGUAGUACUGUUGAAAGAGCACUAUUAUGGUCUGGUUUGCAGUUAGAGGAGGAACAUGAUCUCUUCACAAACUUUUGGAUUGAAGAAGAUGAUGUUAUGGCCCAUACAACAUCAACAACAAGAAGAAUAGGUGUCAAUUGUAGUACUACUCAACAGGAAGAAGGUUUGAUGAGUAGGAUGGACUACUUCUUCUCCUUUGAUGACAUGGAUAUUUGGAACAACUCAAAAGCAUGUAUUUGAACUAAAGCAAUUUGUAUAUGGCUUUCUUUUUUUUUCCUGCUUUUUUUUUUUUUUUUUUGGAAUUCUUCUACAUUGUAUUGUUGUUUUUUAUUUUUUUAUUUAUUUUUGUCUUUUUUUAAUUUUUAAUUUUUAAUUUUUAUUGUAGUAUGUUGGGUACUAUCAUUUUUUAGUAUGGUUGUUGAAUAAAUAAUAAUUAAUCUAAUAUAAUUUUUUUUCCUUAUUGUAGUAUGUUACGUAUUAUAAUUUUUAGAAUAAUACUGUAUAUUCCUAGGGAAUGAGCUCAUUCUCCUUCAUGGAAAUAAAGUAUUUUUACUUUAGAAAUUUUAAAAUCGGAACCAUCUAAUAUCUUAACCGUCAUUUGAAGAUCAUCUAUACAAAAAAUCAUUUGAAAUAGCGAUCGUUUAGUCAUCCAAAAAUAUCAAGUAAAUGGACAGUUCGUCAUCAUUACUUGGUAAUUAUACCACUGAUUUAUUUGAUACAUCUGAAUGACCCAAUGAUCUCGGAUUCAAAUUAUUUUUUUGUAGGAAUGAUCUUCAAACGAGGAUGAAGAUAUUGAACAUAUAUAUGGUUUUGAUUAUGAAACUUGUAUGGUGAAGAUACAUUGUUUGCAAGUGAGGGAAUGAACUCAUCCCACAAAGGGGUUCCAAAAGGGAAAUGCAAGUAUUAUUCCAUUUUUUUUUUUUUUUUUUAGUUUAGGAUAUGCUUGUGUUCCCCCAUAGGGAAAUGCACAUAUCCUUCAUUUGAAUAACAUAUAUUCACCAUAUAAAUUUCAUAAUUGAAACCGUUCAGUUUUUUUGUUGCUGCACAAAGUGACAACAGAAAGUGUCAAGUUUGUGACCUUCGCUAGG